GUGAAGCCGACAGAGACAAGGAGCAGGAUGUAGAAGCCAUGACCAGCAGGCUCCGGGACCUGCUGAAGGAGCUGCCCGUGGAGAACAAGGCCACGCUGCAGUACCUCCUUCGGCACCUUCGGAGGGUUGUGGAAGCGGAGGAGGACACCAAGAUGACGCCGAGCAGCCUGGGCAUCAUUUUUGGGCCUACCCUGCUGCGCCCGCGGCCCACGGAGGCCACUGUGUCCCUCUCCUCCCUGGUGGACUACCCGCACCAGGCACGCAUCGUGGAAAUUCUCAUCUCCUUCUACAGCGUCAUCUUUGAGGUCCCGGCGGAGGAGGCGCAGGAGGAGAGCGCCACCAGCGAGGUGGGUGUGCGGGAGCUCUGUCCGGGGCUCCUCGGAGAGUGGGGAGCGCCGAGCAGCCAGUCACCCGGGGCCCCUGGAUGCAGCACGCUGGCCCCCCGUGGGCUUGUAGGAAUAGCGCUUGUCUGCAUUAAUAUGUUUCGUGGGUCAGGAUGAAUCCAUGUUAGGAAUCGUCAUAUUCAUCAAGCACAAUCCGUUU